AUGCAACAGGAUACGCAAUAUUCGCUAAGAGAGAGAGGAGGUAUUCUCACUCUCUCUUCUUUCACCUUUACCCUCUUUGACGUUUUUACUGUUUGGAUGCCACCUAAAAGGAGGAAACUUUUGGGACAGCGCACGGCAGCUGCCACCGCUGCUAGAGCAGCGAGGGCGAGUGAAACCCCUGAACAGACUUCUUUGCGUCUUUCACAGAUGGCCUCGAGCUCAGCUGCUUGCUUAUCCAUGGAAAGCGCCGCUGCGCAGACUGAAAGGUUGGCUUCAACUAUGUCCUCACGCCGUGCCAGGCUUUCAGUUGAAGAACGUUCACUUCAGAAUUCACAGGGCGCAGUCCGCGUGGCUAGGUUGAGGGCUUCACAGUCCCCAGCACAGAAAACCCUUCGUCGUUUGCGUGAUGCCAUCGUCAAAGCUUGCUCCAGGAGUUUAGAAAGCCCUGAACAAACAACUUCACGUCGUCAUAGGAAUACUAGGGCUACAGCCGCCUCUAGAGCUUUGGAACAACCUCGAGAAACUGCUCAUCGUCGCUUUAGAAAUGCCCUGUCCACCGCAUCUGCCAGAGCCUUAGAAAGCCCUGCACAGACCACUGUUCGUCGCGUUAGAAAUGCCCGCUCUACUGCAUCUGCCAGGGUUGCAGAAAACUCUGAAGUACGCCGUCAGCGGCUCAAAAACAUUAGCUCAUUUCGAGCUUCUUUGAAUGGCGUAACUUCGCCUGUUGUCAUCGAUGCAGACAGACGGCCUCACGGUGAGCAUGAGCGUCGCUUCAAUGCUCCUGUAUGUAAUGAAAUUGCCGCAGUCAUCCACGGUGAGGAGCAUAACAGCUGUGACAUUGUCAUAAAAAUACCGGGCGGUGGUCUGCGCCGCAUCAGUGAAACCCACGUUCAUACGACUGUCUCCAGUACCCACUUCUUUUCCAUACGGAAGCGAUGGGUACCACUUCAAAAUCCCAAUAUGCCAGGCAAGCAGCGAUUCCAUGUCGACCUCAAAGACAGUCUCCUGUAG